CGAUCUGUUCCACAGAGUACUUUAUUAUAUAUAGGAAAAUUUGUUCUUUAGUAGGUAUAUUUGUAGUUAAUUUGUUGUAUUAAAUAUUUAUAUUUGUGGUAUUGAAUAAAACAAUUUUGAUACUGAACAAAUAAAAGUUUCAUGGGUUUAAAUUUUCAUGUAUAUUCCAUAAAAAUUAAAUGCACUUGGCAUGUAGACAAAACAAAAUAAUGCAUUAUUCUUCUUGCAAGAACAAAUUAUAAGAAAUAUUUAAUAUUAAAAGGGUGACUGUAAUCGUUUUACGAAAUGGUUCCUAAAGUAAAUAAUAUGUUUCCUGUAAUAUGUUGUAUACUCUUGUCAUAUGUACUAUUUGCGAGAGCCGAAUUAUUCACCGCUAUAUCAGAGAUGGAACCGCUCCUGGAGACGCACAAAAGGAUCAUAGACGAUUUAGAUGAUUAUGUAGAUAAGGAAGAAAAAAGACUAAUAAUCUUAAAGAAACAUUUGAUGGUCUACAAAAGAGAACAUGAUAUGGCGAUGAAAGAUAUCCCAAAUUAUUUAGGAAACCCUAUUAAUGCCUUUACUCUUAUAAAAAGACUGACUACAGAUCUAGAUGAUAUAGAACAUAGUAUUAAAAUAGGAACAGAGUAUAUAAAGAACGUGACUAUAAAUUAUGACGACGUGAAAUAUCCGAGUCAGGAAGACUUGUCCGGAGCUGCGCAGGCGCUGAUUCGUUUACAGGACACCUACCGCCUCGAUGUUAGAGAAUUGUCCGAGGGAUUACUGAAUGGUGUUAUUUACAGUACGCCGAUGACAGCAAGUGACUGUUACGAACUCGGUAGAUCGCUGUAUAAUGACAAAGAUUAUAAAAACGCUCUCACAUGGAUGAUGGAGACCCUACGGAAAUAUAAAGAAGAGAAUGAACCAUACCUCUUUGAUGAGGUCGAUAUAUUGGAGUACAUUAGUUUUAGUCAUUAUAUGAUAGGUGACGUUAAAACUGCACUAGAUUGGACCAAAAAGUUAUUGAAGCUCGAUCCCAAUCAUACGCGCGCCAGUGGCAACAUACCGCAUUACAUGAAAGAUAUAGAGGAAGAAGAUGUAAAACAGAAACGAAGGCGUAGGGGGGAUAUCGGAGAAGAUACCAAAGAAAAAAAUUCUGAGUAUAUGGCGGAGUUGACUGAAUAUCAAAAAGACAGAAUGAACUACGAAUCUCUAUGUCGCGGUGACAUGUAUUUACCAAGCUACUUCACCAAAGACUUACAUUGUCGCUACCUUACAGAAAACCACCCUUUUCUUAAACUAGCGCGAGUGAAAAUGGAAAUAAUAUACUUGAACCCCGACGUAGUUGUGUUCCACGAGGUAAUGAGUGAUGAUGAGAUAGAAUAUAUAAAGUCAUUGGCUAAACCGAGGUUCAAGCGCGCUGUGGUACAUGACCCUCGUACUGGUGAGCUGGUGCCAGCCAACUACAGAAUAAGCAAGUCUGGUUGGCUCCGCGACGAGGAAUCCGACGUCGUCUCGAAGAUAUCUCAGCGCGUCGCUGAUAUCACCGGCCUCAGUAUGGACACAGCUGAGGAAUUGCAGGUCGUCAAUUAUGGAAUUGGAGGCCAUUACGAACCGCAUUUUGAUUUUGCUCGGAAGCAAGAAAACGCAUUCAGGAAGUUUAGCGGAAACAGGAUCGCAACAGUGCUGUUUUAUAUGUCGGAGGUGGCUCAAGGUGGCGCCACAGUGUUCACGCGGCUCGGUCUGAGUGUGUUCCCGAUAAAGGGCGCGGCGCUAUUCUGGAUGAACCUUCAUCCAUCCGGCGAAGGCGAUCUCUCGACGCGCCAUGCCGCUUGUCCCGUCUUGCGCGGCUCUAAAUGGGUGUCAAACAAAUGGAUUCACCAAGGAGGUCAAGAAUUAUUGAAACCGUGCUCUCUCGAAUACCAGGACGAGAGUUACAUGCGAAAGAUACCGAAACCAAUACCGAAAACAUCCAGAUAGAAUUCGUUGAAACGUUAAGAAUUAUUCUGAUCUAGUGAAAAGAAGAAGCACGUGUGGGUAAGGUGAAUUCUGUAGUACUCAAUGUUACUAGUUACUUAUUAAUUUAUCUAAAUUAAUAUUGUAAAGAGAAAAAAAUAUAUACCUAUAAUU